AUGUCAUCAACACAAGUGGAUAAAAUAUUAAAAUUAUAUCGGUCGUUGGCUCAGUACCCGUCAUUGAGUUCAGCAAAAUUAACCUGGGUCGGUGAUAACCAGCUAAUUGUUCGUAGCAGUUGGUCUGAAAGAAAUUUGGAAAGAUCUUCUAAUCAGAAGUAUUCUGUUGAUUAUUUUAUAUCAGCAGAUAACUUUAAAGUUGUAACAUCAACUUUUCCCGUUGACAUUACAUCCGAACUAUUAUCCAAGACAAGUUUUGACGGGAAUUACAAGGCAGUCUUGAGGUCCGUCCCUGGGAAAGAUAAAGACCCCGCAGUUAAACAAUUCAUUGAAAUUUGGAAUAAAGAUUGUUUACUGAAAAAUUAUGAUUUAUCAGCGCUCGAUGUCCACGGAGAUGUCUACAGUGAUGGUGAAUUUGGGUCAUUCGAGUGGUCCUCGGACUCAAAUAAAUUAAUAUACAUCGCCGAAAAGAAGCUUAAAAAGUCCGAACCUUUUUAUAAACAGAAAUCCUUGGAUAGUAAAAAAAAUGAUGAUAAAUCUGACAAUGAUGAAACAACAAAAGGAAAUGAAUAUAUUUAUAAAGGUGACUGGGGUGAGCAAUUGGUUGGGAAACAUAUUCCAGCUAUUUGUAUGCUGGACACUAAUUUAAAUACAAUCGUUAAUCUACCUGGAAUACCCGAUGAUUUAUCUCCUGGGCAAAUUAUUUGGACCCCUGCUAACGAUGCUAUUGUAGGAAUUGCAUUAAAACAUGAGCCUAGAAGGCUCGGUCUCAUUUUUUGCACUAAUCGCGAGUCCUGGAUAUUUUUACUCAAGGAUGGAAAAAUGGAAAAACUUUCGAAUGAUAAUUGCUGCGUUCGAUCACCCCGAUUCAGUCCAGACGGUAAACAUUUGGUCUGGAUUGAACGAGAUCUCAGUGGACCUCAUCAUAAUGCCCAAAGACUUAUGCAUAUUCUUUGGGAAGAACCACUCAAAAAGCCGAGCAUUCUUAUUGAUGUCGUUCCCAAAAGCAUUACUAUCGAAAGUAAUAAACAGUUUUAUGGAGUGUAUAAUCGUGUUUUACCACGUCGUUGCUGGAGCUCCGAUUCACGUUAUUUAUUUUUCAGCAAUCCUCAGCGCUCCAAUGUCCAAUCUUAUAUUCUUGACAUGGAAACAAAAAAGUUGACGGAAAUCAAGAAUGAUACGAGUAGCUUGAGCAUUCUAGAUGUUAAAAAUAACAUAAUUUUAUUUUCUCGAACAUCAUUGGUCGAUUAUCCUAAAUUAUUUAUAGGCCGAUUUAAUAGUAAUAAUCUCAGCCGAGUAUCACUCAAUCGAGUUUCUGCUGAGAUAAAAGCUGUUGACUUCACUAACAUAAAGUAUGAAUUUAAUGAAUAUCAGUACAAUAACAAUGAGGAAGUUCGUGAUUUCAAUUACAUUUACUUUGGUCCUAAAACCGGAGCUGAUAAAUCCUGUCCAUUGAUUGUUGUUCCUCAUGGAGGACCCCAUUCAGCAUUUGCCAAUAUAUUUUCACUGGAAGCAUCUCUUUACACUCUACUUGGGAUUGGAAUUUUACAAGUUAAUUACAGAGGUUCAACUGGCAUGGGAAGUGAUAAUGUUGAGUAUCUCCAAGGCAGAGUUGGGACAACUGACGUAAUUGAUUGUGUAACAGCCACACAAGAAGCUCUUAAAAAAUACCCAUGGCUAGACCCUGAGAGAGUUGGUCUCAGCGGUGGAUCUCAUGGUGGAUUUUUGGUCGCUCAUUUAAGUGGCCAGUAUAAAAAUAUGUAUAAAUCAGUCGUAGCUAGAAAUCCAUUCGCGGGUUUGUAUUUCAGUCGCAAUGCACUUUUUAAAGAUGAAAGAAUGGCGCUUGGCCAUGACGUGUGCGCAGCUGCAAUAAAUCAACCGUAUCGUCAGUCAUUUUCUGGCGAGCCCAAGUGUUAUGCUGAGGAAAUGACAAUUAAGAUGUUUAAAUGCUCGCCAAUUGUUUAUGCGGACAAUGUCAAAGCACCCACGUUAGUUUGUAUUGGAAAAAAUGAUCUACGAGUCCCACCAUCUCAGGGCAAGCAUUGGUACCAUCGCCUCAAGGCAAAUGGAGUCACUACCAAGUACGUACUAAUGUAUCAUGAGUAUACAAUGCUAGUUUACGAUGACAAUCAUCCACUGAGCUCAGGCCCUGUUGAAAUAGAUGAAAUAAUAAAUGCUGCACUUUGGCUACUCGAACAUCUUAAAGUCAAUAUUUGA